UUUCAAUAUGGCAGCCCACUGUUGAGCAUGGGUGUAAUUUUUUGGUUCUGCAAAAUACUUUUAUUAAUCCCAUGAGGACUUAAAUGAUUGAGUGAAAAUGCAUGCGAAAGCAACAUCAAAUGAUUCCGAAGAUGGCUAUGGAAUAGACGUCGUCUUUCACCAAGGAAGCGACAAAAUAGCACCAUCAUGCCCGCAUGGUCCAACCCUGUUGUUUGAAAAAGUCAACAAGGGGGAAGAGAAUGGCAGACGAUUUUAUGCGUGCUCUGCGUGUCGUGACAGAAAAGACUGUAAUUUUUUUCAGUGGGAGGAUGAAAAGGUGUCAGAGGCAAGGGUGAAGGCCAGAGAAGAGGAGAAUCGCUCAAAGAAGCCUCCCUUUAGUCAUUCAGAGUACAUUUCCAGAUUCAGAGAAUUUGUCUCACUCCCCCUGGACCAGCGAAGGUUCUGUGUGGACUGUCAGGUUUUGCUUCUACCAAGAGAUUGGGAUGAGCACAGCAGCCAUUCGGCGCUUUCUGAUGACAUCACAGUGGCCCGUCUCAGGAGGCCUAGCCUGUUGCUGUGUCCCUUGGAGAAUAAGAAGAGUAAUGCGCAGUACCUGUUUGCUGACCGCAGCUGCCACUUCCUCCUGGACAUGCUGUCCACACUGGGCUUCCGGAAAGUUCUAUGUGUUGGAACACCUCGCCUUCAUGAGCUGAUCAAACUAAGGAAUGCAGAAGGGACUUCAGAGGCCAUGAGAAGCCUGCUGUUGGAUAUUGAUUUCAGAUACUCCCAAUUCUACGGCCAGGAUGAGUUCUGCCAUUACAACAUGUUCAAUCAUCACUUCUUUGGUGGAAAUGAGCCGGCCGGGGUGUUCCGUGAUUUCCUACGAGAAGAGGAAGGGAGUAAGGUCGUCAUGGUGACGGAUCCUCCGUUUGGUGGUCUGGUGAAACCUCUGGCCCACAGCUUCAGACAGAUCUCAGACACCUGGAAAGAGCAGCAGGUGAAUAGCCAAGCAGAGAUGCCCAUGGUGUGGAUCUUCCCCUACUUUUUUGAGCCACGAAUCGUUGAGUGUUUCUCCUCAUUCACAAUGCUGGACUACCAGGUGGACUACGAUAACCACGCCCUGUAUAAACAUGGAAAGACUGGUCGAAAGCAGUCUCCCGUGCGACUCUUCACAAACCUGCCCGCCCGGUAUAUUGUCCUACCUGAGCAGGAGGGCUACAGAUUCUGUGCUCUCUGUGAGCGUUAUGUGUCGGCAGAAAACAAGCACUGCUCUGAGUGCAACGUGUGCCCCUCAAAGGACGGAAGAGAAUGGAGGCACUGUGCUGACUGUGGAAAGUGUGUGAAGCCGUCUUGGCAACACUGCACCUCUUGUAGUCGCUGUGCCCUCCCAGAUCAUCCUUGUGGGCGAGGUCAAACAGGGUGUUUCAACUGUGGUAGCCUGCAGCACAAACACAGAGCGUGCCCCAGCAAACUGAGGCCGCAACUGAAGGGGAAGAGCGGAGGCCCUAGUCAAGCGACACACGCGGCCACCAGAAGGUCAGCCAAGAAGAGGAGCCGAAAAGCACACAGGAAGAAGCCGAGUGUUACAUAAACCUCACUUGUGCAUAACAGGAUACUUCAGAGAGUCACCGGGAGCGAUAACACCCAAGUCCAUGCUCUGGAUCAGUGCAGCCGUUUUCUCCGAAUUCGGUUCAGGAGAAUCUACAUCUCUUCCCAAUAUUUGUUUGUUUUUCAGUUCAUCUGACUUGGCUUGUCUAACCCAUUCCCCGAGUGUGUGUGUGUGUGUGUGUGUGUGUGUGUGUGUGUGUGUGUGUGUGUGUGUGUGUGUGUGCUCUAGGCAGAUAUGUGCCUUUUAACCUUGAAUUCAGGGAUGACAUAUUUUAUUAUUCGUCAUCAGGAUACUCCAAUGUAAACUUGCUCAGUUAAACACACAAUCUAUUCCACCUGUGUGCACAAAAUUCUGGCAAAAACAGUGACCAUGGUAAGUGUUUUAAUACACACAAUAAAUAUCCAGUGCUAUUAUAUUAAUGACCCAUUCCACCCAAUUAACAUUCGUCACCAAGUUUGUUACCAGUGUUUUAAAAUUGAGUCUUUUGGAAAUUCAAUAAAAUUGUAUUAUUUAAAGUA